UGGACACCUUAAUCAUUUUUAGUAUAAAUACUCGGGCAAAUUGAUCACAAAACAUCAGUUUGUAUCGAUCAAACAGCUCAAACAAAACCAACAUGUUCAAAUACGUUCUCGCCUUCUUCGCCGUUUUGGCUGUUGCUUUCGCCGCCCCUCAACCAGGCGUCGUUGCUCCUCUGGCUUACACCGCCGGCUACUCUGCUGGUUAUGUUGCCCCAGCUGCCUACAGCGCCCACUACACUGCUCCAGUCGCCGCCGCCUAUGCUGCCCCAGCAUAUGCUGGCGCUGCUUAUGCCGCCCCAGUCGCUUACUCCGGCUACGCUGCUCCAGUCGCCUACUCCAACUACGUCUAUUAAAUUGUUAAAGAUUUGAUAAUCAAAUGGCUUUGAUGACUACUGUUGCUAUGUGUUUAGACGCUUGCACAUUAUUUAAUACCAUCCAAAUAAUGUUUAAUUGAAUUUAAUUACAAUAAAUAUAAUAUUGUAUGAAA